AUGGAUAGUAGAAAACGGAAAGGUACUGAACUUCAAAUACCUUUGGAAACAACUAAAUCACUGAAACAUGCACUAGUUGACGUAUCUAAAUUUCAAUUUGGCGAAAAUAUUCAUUCAAAAACAAAAAGAACUCGUGCUUCCAUCAUAUGUGAUGGGUGUAAGGGAUCAAAAAAAAAGUGUGAAGGCUGGGAUCAAAAUACACCCUGUAGAACAUGUGUUCGAAAGGGAAUAGAGUGUAUACUCCCACCUCAUUGUACAUCAUGUCGUAGGAAGAAACUUGAUAGCACUGGCAUAUGCCCAGAAUGUAAAAGUAAAGAAAGUCAUUCAGAAAAUAUUCACGCCCGUGAUUAUGCAGCAUACCAACAAAUUCAAGCAUUGGAAGAGAGAGUCAGAAUGUUAGAAGUUAAUCUUGAAAAAAGUCAAAUAUUAGAAGCUAAUCUUGAAAAAUUUAAAACUUUAGAAACUACUAUCAAUAAACUGGCUGCUCAACAAUUUGAUAAACCACCAAAAGAUAAUAAUAACGUUAAUAUUCUUGACGGCGAGCCCGAUUUAUCAAAGUACUUCACUUUCGAAGUCUAA